AUGGAGGGAUACACCUUACAACUGGACCCAAGGACCGACAAAUACCUGACACUUCAUCUGUUCACAAACGUCAAGAAUGCCAAUGAAAUUAAGCAGAAAGUUCAAACUGGAAAGCUUCAAUGUUGCAUUCUCAAGGCCAGUAUGAUUGUCGAUUCAUUCCAGGUGGUAGUGGCUGCCAACAAGGCUGUCCUCCGAAUGCACUCUGGAUCCAUGAUAACGAGGGGUGUAUUCACCGAGAUUCUCUACGCCAUUUCCUCGUCGACAAAUAUUUCCCAGUCUUUGAUGAGAUUCGGGAUUGACGGUAGAGACAGAAAUAUUGUGGUGGCUCUUUUACACGGAGAGAAUGAAGGAGAGGAGCUGGAGAACGAGGUUCUGGGACAGAUUGACGGAGAGAGGACACCGAUCGCCAGGUUAAGGGAAUUCGCGGACGUGGGACUUAUCAGGAAGACUUAUAAAAUUGACGAGGAGGAGUUGAAGGUAUCUAGUCUUCAAGAUUCUAUCGUCAGUAGGAUAGGGGGUGACUAUCCAGUAUCUUUGAAAUGAUUCUUGUAACAAGGAUAAAUAAAUAGAGUCGACGAUUGAAUCUCA